GGCUAGGGUGUUAGUUUUCCCGCGUCCGAAGCGCGAGUUAGCAGUUCAGCCAUACCAAGAUUGGGAAUGCGGUAGUUAGUGCGCUCAGAAUGGCUUUCUCACUUUCGACAUAUGGAGUGCAGUUUCACCUCUUCGUCCUCAUCCUUUUUCUACUCCUCAUUCUCAAAAGCGCACAUGCGGGCUCCGUCCACGGCUCGGCAGCCCAUCCGCAGUUCGCCUCGGUGCCGGACCUGGAGGCAGCCAUGUACGCAGAAGCUGAGAGCUGGCCGUGCGUGCGGCUGCUGUCAACAGAGGGGCCCAUUGGGUGCGGAAACCCAGGUAGAGAGGUCGUGUCAGCCCCCAUCCAGGCCGUCUCCUCGCCCUCCCAACUCUCCCUCCUCAACUCGCCCCGGGCCCUCCUGGUCUCGUCAACCGUGCUCCACCCGGUGCUAUCACUGAUAUCCAACGAUCCAAUCAUUGCCAGCCACGUGGCAGGGAUCAUGGUGGAGGCUGCCAACCAGUCAUCUGUUUCCGCGCUCUCCCCAUCGUCCCCCUUCCCCCAGUCCGCCUUUGCCCCCUACGCCAACACGUCUUACCCCUGGAACCCCCUCGGCUCGUCCCUCGAUCGCCUCGCGUUCUCCCUGCCUGUCUCCCUCCUUUCUGACCAAGCAACAGCUGAUAUUCGGAUGAAAGCAGAGGCCAACAGUCAACGGAGCUUCAGCUAUCCGCUUUACAUGGCUGAGUUCGAUGCCAUCAUGACAACCACAAGGAUCGGGGCAUCCACGUCGCAAGCCUGCCUGGACAACCUUUCCUGCCUCCCUCUUGGCAGCUACAGUGUGAUGGCGUCUCUACCACCCAUCAACGUAUCAAGAGGAGAAGCUUCCAGGAAGCCGCUGGUGGUAGCCAUGGCCCAGAUGGAUGCCGCCUCUCUCUUCCGCGAUGCUGCUGUUGGCGCUGAGUCUCCCAUGUCGGGUCUCAUCUCUCUGCUGGCAGCAGCGGACGCCAUUGCAUCUCUUCUCCAAAGGGCCUCCACUCCGGACCUUCCCAAGCAGCUCAUCUUCCUCGCUCUCAACGGCGAGCAGUGGGGCUUCCUGGGGUCCCGGCGCCUGCUCUUUGAGCUGGAGAAACUAGCCAAGGGGGAAGAGGGAGUAGGGAGAGAGGUGCUCCAAGGGCUGUCUCUAGACGACCUCACACAGGCACAGAUACUAGAAGUUGGAUCGGUGGGGAUGGCAGUGGCAGAUGAGAGUCAAAAUGUGACACUGUUCAUGCAUCAUGAGAAGCCCAUGCCAGCAGCAGCAGCAGCGAUGGCGGAAUCGCUGAGAGCAGCAGCAGCAUCUAUCAAGGGGGGAGGUGAAGGGGACUCGAAUGCAGCAGAAGAACUAGAAGGAAGAGAGGAGAGUGCGCGCACGGGUGUGCAUGUGGAGCUGGCCAGUGAGGACACGCCAGGUGUCCCUCCCUCCUCCCUGCUCGCAAUGCUGGCUGAGCAUCCAGGUCUCUCCGCUCUUCUCCUCUCAGACUUCAAUCAGCACGUCUCCAACCCUUACCUAAACAGCCACCUUGACACCCUCCCCUCCAUCCACCUCCCCUCCCUCACUCUCUCCUCCACCCUUCUCGCCCGCUCCCUCCUCCUCCUCUCAGGAGCCCCUCCCUCACUCGCCCUCCAAGCUUCAGUUAACGCCUCCCUCGUAUCCGCCCUUACUCUCUGCCUCCUCUCCCCCUCCCCCGGCCUCCUCUGUCCCCUCGCCUCCUCCCUACUCACUCCCCGGGACCCUACUCCUAAUCACUACACAGGGGUGUUUCUAGGGGUCCCCCCGUCCUUCUCCCCUUCCUCCUCCUCGCCUCCGCAUGCCACCCCCUCUCCUCCUCUCUACACACUUGCUGAUACCCCCCGAUUGGUCUGGAAUUUCUUGGCUAAGGCAACGGCAAGGAAGCAGCGAGGAGGGGAGGUUGUGGGAGAAUGGGAGGAGGAGAGGGAGGGGAGGGAGUGUGUGAGGAGUGAGGAGUGUGGGGUCGCAGGGGAGGUGUGUGUGGGAGUGCGAGCAACGGCCAAGGGGGAGUGCCUUGUCUCCUCGACAACGUACAUCCCUGCUCUCUCCCCUCGCCUUGCCUUCAACGUCACGCACUGGACCAUCACUCCCCCACGGCCAGGCAGCCAUGGGGAUAUGGUUGAUCCUGUGUGGACCGAGAGCUUCUGGCAGCACCUGGGGCUGCGGAGUUAUUUGGUGGAUGAUCCGAUAUGGGAUGUCUCGAUACUGUUUGGAGGAGUGGUGUGGGUGGCGGUGCUCUGUGUGCUUAUGAGCUGGGCUGAUAAGACUGUUACCAAGAAGCUGAAAAGAGUGUAGAGAAGCUACCAUGGGCUGCAUGUAUCAGACAUUGUUAGCUAUAAUCCUACUCGUGGAUUCAUUCUUUCCAAUCCUUUGGAAAUAUUAGCAAACAUGCAAGUUGUGCAUGCAGUCACCUAACAUAUAGCUUGAGAUAGUGGU